AUGUAUAUCCAAACCUCCACAAACACCCAGUUGGAUGAUAACAUCGGCCUCAAAAUCGCAAUCGAGGAGGCCAAAAAGAGUCUCACCGAGAAUGGUGUUCCAAAGAUGUCCCCUAUAUUCCAUGCCGAAAUGGCAACCUUUGACGCUGCGGGGCACGUUUCGAAAGCAGGCUAUCGCCAUGCAACGUUAUAUACGACACUGACGCCCUGCGAUAUGUCUGUUGGUGGCGGAGGUCAUGAUAUAUUGAGGGGUCGAGGGGUGGAAGUGGUGGACAUGGACAGUGAGGAGUGCUAUGAGAUGCUGCAGAAGUUUAUGAAGGAUCAUCCAGAUAGGUGGAAAAAUCCUUCCAAAAUUGCUUGCAAUUGA